AUGCCUGCAAGGAAAUGCCGCCUCCUUCAAUGCUCCAUCCCCACGUCUCAACCCUCCCCUCCUCUUUACCCACCCCACGACCUCUUCCCCCCUCUUAACCCCAACAGGUCCUGGACGCCUCAUGGUACAUGCCUGCAGAGAAACGCCAGCCGUUUGAGGAGUUUCAGGGCGCAGCAUGGGAGGAUUCCAGGAGCAAUCUUCUUUGAUAUUGAUGCCAUUGCUGACCCCACCACGGAACUUCCCCACAUGCUGCCGACAGAGGCCGCCUUUUCUGCAGCUGCGUCAGCUUUGGGUUUGUCAUCUAGUGACAGCAUCGUGGUGUACGAUGGCAAGGGGCUCUUCAGCGCUGCUAGAGCGUGGUGGAUGUUUCGUGCAUUCGGACAGCCACACGUGGCAGUGCUGGACGGCGGGCUGCCAGCCUGGCGGGCGGCAGGCUACCCAGUGGAGGCAGAGCCGUCGGACAAGGCGGCCGGGCGGCACAAGGCGGCUGCUACUGCCAUCAAGGACAGUUACUCUACAAAGGCCGCAUCCAACCGCCUGCUCACCUUCAAUGCCAAGCUGCAGCCCAACCUCAUCCUGUCCGUUGAUCAGGUGAAGGCGAAUAUCGAGAAUAAGGUGUAUCAACUGAGCGAUGCCCGCUCUGCUGGCCGGUUCAAGGGUAUAGACCCUGAGCCAAGGGCAGGAGUGCGAGGAGGAAGCAUCCCAGGAAGCUUUAAUGUCCCCUUUCCCGAGGUCCUGACCCCACAGGGACAGUUGAAGCCUGCCUCAGACCUCACCCAAGCCUUCAAGAGCGCAGGCAAGUCCAUGCUCGUGAUUGGCCGGGAAGAGCAAGGGGAAGAGCAAGGGGAAGAGCAAGGGGAAGAGCAAGGGGAAGAGCAAGGGGAAGAGCAAGGGGAAGAGCAAGGGGAAGAGCAAGGGGAAGAGCAAGGGGAAGAGAAAGGGGAAGAGAAAGGGGAAUUGGAAUUCUCUGGUGCUGCAGCUGCUCGUUUGCUCCAUGCUGCCAUAACAUGGCGGCGCCCAUUGUUUUGUGAGGGCCGCCUGCUUCCCUGCUCUCCCAUAACUUCAGCCAGUGGUGUUGCACCUCCCCUUCCUGCCAUUUUAGAAGCGCCUCAGAAGCUGGUGUUGCAACAAAUCUUCUCCCCCUCCCUGCCAUCACACAUGGCAUACCAGGAUAAGGGAUAA